AAACCCAUUUCUUUCAUUCGGUUGGGAGACAAAGUAGGGGCUUUGUGGCUUUUGAAUCCCUUUUUUCCCUCUUUUGUGGGUUUUCCUGAAUUCUUAUAGCCAUAAUUUUAUUGUGGGAUGAGUUGGAAAUUAAUUGCUUACUUUUAUAUUACUAUUUAAACUAAAAAUAAUUCUCCGCUGAAGGCCCUUAUUUUGUAGUCGCUGGGCUAACGCUACUAUAUUUAACCGUUUUUUCGUAAUUGUGUUUAUGAGGGGAUAUUAGUUACACACUGCAGGAUCUUUCACGCGGCUUUUUUUAUUGGACCUUUGGACUGGUUCACACGCUACAACGGAGCGCUGAGGACAUUCGGUUUACUUGAAUAGAAGCAUUUUGUGGAUUUAGGCUUGUUCUGUUAGCUACAAUGGCGACUGCACCCUCCACGCCGGCCGGUCGGAGAAUGAGCAGCACGCCGCUGAGCCCCACGCGGAUAACGCGGCUGCAGGAAAAGGAAGAGCUCAGUAAUCUCAAUGACCGCCUCGCCAUUUACAUCGACAAGGUGCGGAGCCUGGAGUCCGAGAACAGCGUCCUGCACCUGCAGAUCUCCGAGAAGGAGGAGGUGAGGAGCCGCGAGCUCACAGGCUUGAAGGCUCUGUAUGAGACGGAGCUGGCGGACGCCCGCAGGUCUCUGGACGACACGGCCAAGGAGCGCGCCAGGCUGCAGAUUGAGCUGGGGAAGAUCCGGACCGAGCACGAGCAGCUGCUGCAGAGCUAUGCAAAGAAAGACUCAGACCUGGCUGGUUGUCAGGCCCGGCUUAAAGAUGUGGAAGCUCUGCUCAACUCUAAAGAGGCAAGUCUGGCCACUGCACUGUCUGAGAGGAAAGCUCUUGAGGGAUCACUGGCUGACCUGCAGGCCCAGAUCCAUGAGCUUGAGGCGAGUUUGGCAUCAGCAAGGAAGCAGCUGGGGGAUGAGACACUGCUGAGAGUGGACCUGGAGAACCGAUGCCAGAGCUUGGUGGAGGAGCUUGAGUUUCGCAAGAACAUGUUUGAGGAGGAGAUCAAGGACACUCGGCGCAGACAUGAGACUAGACUGGUGGAGGUGGACUCUGGCCGUCAAGUCGAGUACGAAUUUAAGCUGGCCCAGGCUCUGACUGACAUGAGACAGCAGCACGAUGACCAAGUCAAAGUUUACAAGGAGGAGAUGGAGCAGACGUACAUGGCUAAGCUGGAGAACGUGCGCCUUUCCUCCGAGAUGAACAGCAGUUCUGCUAGCAUGGCUCGUGAGGAGCUGAAGGAAGCUUCUCUGAGGGUCGAGAGCCUGACCGCUCAGCUGUCUGGUCUGCAGAAGGAGGCUCGAGGCUGGCAGGACCGUAUCAAUGAGCUGGAGUCUGCUCUGGCUCAGGAGAAGGACCUGAGCCGCAGGAUGCUCGCAGAUAAAGAGCGUGAGAUCUCUGAGAUCCGAGCCAAGAUGCAGCUGCAGCUGGAGGAGUACGAGCAACUGCUGGAUGUCAAACUGGCCCUGGACAUGGAGAUUAAUGCCUACAGGAAACUGCUAGAAGGAGAAGAGGAGAGACUGAAGCUGUCUCCCAGCCCCUCGUCCCGUGUAACCGUGUCCCGAGCUUCGUCCAGCCGCAGCGUUAGAACCACGCGUGGGAAGAGAAAGCGUGUGGACGUGGAGGAGUCUGAGGCCAGCAGCAGCGUCAGCAUCGCCCACUCUGCCUCUGCCACUGGCAACGUCUGCAUCGAUGAGCUUGACGUGGACGGGAAAUUUAUCCGGCUCCACAACACCUCCGAUCAGGACCAGCCAAUGGUGGGGUUUGAAAUGACCAGAACUAUUGGAGAUUCUUCUGCUACCUACAAGUUUACUCCCAAAUAUGUUCUGAAAGCUGGACAGAAAGUCACUAUCUGGGCAUCUAAUGCAGGCGUGAGCUCGAGCCCUCCAACUGACCUAAUCUGGAAGAGUCAGAGCUCUUGGGGUACUGGAGAAAAUGUGAAGGUGGUCCUGACCAAUGGCGAUGGAGAGGAAGUGGCUGUAAGAAGUACAGUGUUCAAGACUGCCACCGUAGAAGAGGAGGAAGAGGAUGAUGAGGGUGUGGAGGUUGUUGAGGAACAUCUCUUCCAUCAGCAGGGAGAUCCACGCGCUGCCAAGAGGGGCUGCUCAAUCAUGUGAGCGCAGCAACACUACCCUUCCACUACAACCAGUCUCAGCUGCCAAUACUAUAACCACCUCAGAACUAUUUUUGUAUCACUAGUAUAACUGAGUGAUUUGAUUUUUAGUUUUAAAUGAUUGUAAACCAUUUUUGGUACAUUUCUAUUUUUAUUUUUUAUGUGAAUGCAGAAGUUUUUGCAUCGCAACUUGCUUUUGUAUAAACCAAACUUUUGUGAUCAGUUGGGGACUCCUUAGUGAGACAGAGAGCUCUGUGACAGUUUAGGCAGCUUUUGCAAAAUCACCCAGUCCUCCAGGUGCUGUGAUCUUACCUUUGUGUAUCUCAAUUUUUUUUAAAGAUAGCAUUUUAAAGGCCUCUUUAUAGAAGUUAUAAUUUUAUACUAGCUUUCUAGUUUUUAGCUGGAGGGGUUUGUUGCAUAUAAUGGAAUGUAGACUAGCUCAAGACAUGGGAAAAUGUCGAAAUGGAUUGCCCAUUCAGAGAACACUUGAAAAGCAGGCAGACAGGUGUGUGCAUUCAUGUAGUAAACAGUGUUUAAUGAUGAGGACUUCCUCAUGCAUAAGUCUGCAGUUCACCACAUGGUGUCAGUCUAGAGUCUCUGAAGGCAGUCAGACAAACGGCAGUAAAAACUGAAGAACCUUUCAGGCUGUUGUGAUUUAAAAUUGAUUGUAUGCUAUUAAGGAAAGAUUGGUCUCAAGAGUAACACUUUAAAACAGCUUUUAUUUUUAUUUGUAUUUUUUUUUUUUUUUGUUAAAUUAUCAGGAUUCACUAUAUAUAUAAAAUUCUUACCAGUUGCAGUUUGUCACUGAACAUGCCAGUAUACACUGAGAGCAAGUCCCUGCAAAUAUGGUCUUUUGACAAAUGUUGAGCCAUUACACUUAUAAAAGCUAGCGUCAUGCUCUUCUUGAGCUACUGUACCAGCAGAUAUGUAAGCACUCUUUUCAUUGGCUACACAGUAUCUACUACUUUUUUCUUAGACACUUGCAUUUACUUAUUCUGCUGAGUGCAGCAACAUUUAUAUAUGAACCAUUACCUCAUAAGAAAAUGCCUGAGGUUGGAAUUGCUUAAAUGUUAUGCCCUUUUUGUCUGUUUUAUCUAACUGACAGUAGUCUUAUACCUACAUUUUGAUUUCAUUUUAACCAUUAUUAGAAUUGUGGUUUGUCAUGUCACUUGCAUGCUUAUUUUGCUGUAACCUUUACAGUUUAAAAGGUUAAUAAAUUUUGUGUUAUUUUCUA